AUGAGCACCACAUUUAACAACCAAACUCCAGCCCAGCAGCGUCCUUCAAAUGUACAAAGCUAUCUCAAAAAAUUGAAAAGCCAAAAUGCUGUUGCAAGAUUCAUGUCAAACUUUACAAAACGAUGGUUUGUCUUAGAUUUCGACGAAGACUGUUUUUAUUAUACCCCAAACGCAAAUAAAAAGAAAGCAGAGCGCACACACAGUAUCAAAGAUUUGAUUUCUUUUGAAGCAGAUCCAAAAUUUCUAGAGCAAUGCGACUGAAAAUUUGCGUUUACUGUUGAAUUCCCCUCAAGAAAGUAUACAUUAUACGCUGAAACUAAAGAAAUUUAUGACAGCUGGUGCCAAGCAUUCAAAAUUUUAGCAAAGCCUAAAGAAGGUAACUCAGAUGAAUGCUCAACUUUAUCAAGUGACUUGAGCAGAAAAACAGCAUCUCUUGACAUUCAAGCUAGACAAGAAGACUCUCCAGCUCAACAAACCAAGCCGCCAGAAGAUAGUUCUUGCUUUUCCCCUCGUUUCGGUGUCGAACCCUUACAAGAAAACAAAGCUAUUAAAGACCCAACCCCUGAAGCUAGCCCAGCACCUAAAAUUUCUCCUGCCAAAAAAUCCUCAGAUCGCAAACUGCCAUCCAAUCCUGAGCCUUCCUCCAAGGACACUGUAUUAGUAUUCAAGCCAAGGUCUUCUAAAGAAGAUGUAAAUCAAAUCAAACGAGAAAGAAUUAGCACUUUUACCGAAACUAAAAGGGAGCCAGCUUUGCAAUCUGAAAAUGUACAUAAAGAGUUUACUAUGAGCUCUACAAUAAAUUGGGCAGAACAGUCAUAUGUCAGAAAAGAUUCUUUUAGAGAAACUUUUAAUCAGCCAGCAGGUAUGCUGGAUUUAUUGUCUGAUAUGGAUCAAUUAGGAUUGGAAGAGGUAAAGCAAGCAAGCACUUUGAGGAGAAGAGAAUUUUCUGCUCCAAGACCUAGGCCAAGCCAAGAUAAUGUGAUUGUUAGCAAAGCUGACUUGAGCAGCAACAAUGCUAAUCAAACAAGCACUCAAAGACAUAAGCACUCGACAUCAAAGGAUCAAGGGAAAAAGAUGAUGAAAACUGAUAUAAUUGAUAGGAAACAGUUUACCUUUAUUAGAGACACUAAAAGCAAGAACCAAGAAAAUGGGCCAACGUUGCGUGGACCUAUCUAUGGGCAUCAUGCUCCGACUUAUAAAGAGCAAACUAUUCCUGCUAAUAAAGCUCAGGGGUGUGAUAAAAAUUGGGAUUCGUGGGAUGAUUAG